AUGGUUUUCCAUAUGAUGGGGCAUAAAGGUCUUUCUGGUGUGAAUCCAGGGUUCCUCAUGGAGGAAAUCCUAUCUCAACUCCUCCCACUUCUUCAUGGUAAUGCUAAUGGCAGCAAAGUGAUCAUUCAUGAAUACCAGGAGUGUUGCCGCCGUGGUCUUUUCUCAGAUGGAUGUACUAGUACUACAAGUAGUGGUGCUAGCAGUCCGUGCAGUCCCUCCUCCAGGCAGCAAACACCCGGCAGUAAUAUCACAUUGCCAUCAAAAGCUAGACUAAAACGCAUAAUUUCAGAGAAUUCAGUAUAUGAGAAACGACCAGAUCAUCGCAUGUGUUGGUACGUACAUGCAGAAGUGUUGAAGAGCUUUGAGCAGGACAAAUUGCCAGUUCCAUGCCAGUGGACUUAUAUAACACAAGUGAAUUCCUCUGCCAAGGAGGACAAUAGUACCAGUAGUUCAACAGGAGGGACUAUUCAACCUACACAGACUACACCUGUAUCUGUCAAGAGAAAAUCUGCUGGGAGCAUGUCCAUAACAAAGUUUAUGAAGCGAACCAAGGACCUGGGAAUGAUCAGCGGGGCUGCUGGAACUCGCCAGCGCAGAUUGAGGACUGAUAUAUUUCCUCCUGGGUCCUACCGGAAUCCUAGGCUUUUCUGCCGCUGGGAGGUGAAUGAUAUCCUGUGGGGUGUCAGUGCCUCUGAUCAAGACCUCCUUGACUGCCGAGACUUCAGUGGGUAG